UCUUGUUUAUUAUCUCUGCUAGAUAUUAUGCGAAAACACACUCUUAACUCUGAAAAACUCUUUGAUAAUGAAUUGGGGCGUGGAUCACGGAAUUGGCUUCUUCAUGCCCGCUACGUGCGGGGUGAGCACGCAUUAUGUUUAGAGCUUGCUGACGAACUUCAAAAGAAAACGGAUAACACACACAGAUACGCUCAUUUUAUUAAGGGAUCGGUGUUAGCGGAUGCCGGUCGUUUGCAAGAAGCGUUGGAGAGGUUCCACAACUGCAUCCGGCUGCAGCCACAGGAUCCGGAACCAUUGAAACAGGUCGCCAAGUGUCUGUUCAAACAAGGUCGAUUCCAACUCUCACUCGAAGCUUACUUGGAGGCUGAUAAAUUGACAAAGCACCCUGAUCCGGACAUCUACUGUGCAUUGGCGGAAUGCGCAUGGAAACUGGGUUCUGUGGAGCGUGGUGUGGAGUGGGCCCGAUCCGCCUGGCAAGCCGGGGGCGGGGAGCGCGCGGCGUCGCUGUUAGCACGCUUACUACUGGCCGCCGGGGACCGCGCCGCCGCUCUCGCGGCUUACGACCAGGCCCUCACCGCGCACGCAUGCGGCGCGGAUACGCUAGCAGCGGCAGGAGCGCUGCGCCUGCGCGCCGGCGACCCUCGACGAGCUUUCCAGCUGCUGGGGGCGGCCCUGGCGCAGCAACCGACACAGCACGCCGCGGCCCUGGCUUUAGCAGCCAUGAUGCUCCAACAUAAAGACACUGAUGCGGCCCUGGCGAGACUCAAAGCGGCCUUGGCAGCGCAUCCAACUUGUGUCGCCGCUCACACGAAUCUGGGACUAGCUUUGUUGGCGAAGAAGAAGUAUAUAGCUGCACUGACCUGCCUCCAGCGCGCAGUAUGGACGGCGCCGUUGAGCGCUCGCGCAGCGCACAACCUGGGUUUAGCACUACUCAUGUGCAAGCGGCCCACUUCCGCCUUCUGCCGCUUCGCUGCCGCCGCAGCCGCGCAGCCCACGCAGCCUUACACCGUGCUGUUAAUAGGAGUAGCGCUGGAGCGUCUCGGCGAUGCCCGCGCCGACGCCGCGUAUGCACGCGCAGCAGAGUUGGCACCGCAAGAUGCGCUAGUACGACUCAAUCUGGCUGGGAGACACGCACGCGCCGGAAGACUGGUAGCUGCCGCCACUGACGCUGAACAUACAGCUGGAUUGUUAGACCCCGAACGACCUGACCCACAGCUUUCAAGUUCUCUAGCAACUCUGCUAGGUCUCCUGCGUGAUGCUGGACUAGAGUUAUCCAAGUUACCAGAGACGUUCAACACAGAAGGUUCGGCAGUUACAGAACGAUCCAACAAUGAAGAACAGAACUUUGAACCUGAUGAGCUUGCAGAAGCUGCAAACGACAAACCCGAACGUACAGCCAGUCUUGUAGUCCUGCCUCCUAUAAUACUGGGCUACGAUGACUUAUACGAUGACGUUAAAACAACCCCGACUGAGGCGUCUACAGCACAAACUAAAAUGCGAGCACAAUCGGCCGAAAAGACAUUUCCCGCAAACCUGGAAAAGGAUGUUAUAAACUCGAUAUUACUGCAAUAUCUGAAGAAUAACUUGCGGCAAGCAUCGAAAAUCAAUAGCACAGCUGCUCCUACCACGACUACCAAUACAACCACGAAACAACCAAAGGAUGAUCAUUUAGAAGAUCAUAAACUUGACCAUCUAGAAAUUCAUAGGGAUGUCCAACACCCAGGGCUUAUAAGACAGUUAAUACAAGCGGGAAAUAUUCCCCUUAUGGCAAAGGGCCACGUUAAAGAGCCUAACGACGACGAAGCUUUACACUUCCAAGGAAAAUUCGUGUUACCUGAUAAACUGUUUGACUGUCCAUGUGGCAAUCACGGACUAAAAGAAGGGAACAACACACGGUCGCGGCAUGAAGGCAAAGUUUAUGAAAUAAAGGAAAACACAAGUUACCAUGCGAGAAGAGGUCGAGAUUCGAAAACUUAA